AUGGCGCUCCUCUUUCGACUUGUAUUGGAUUUAUUGAUGGCACUGUGCGUGAAAUCUGCCGCCCUGGAAAAGGUGUUCAAAAAGCCGCACAUGAUGCCUACGUUCUAG